AUGGAGAGAGGGGAAAUCAAAUAAUAUAAUAAUAACAAAGGGCAAUUAUAUAGUGUUAAAAGGUGUAUGGUAUGGUGUUCUGGAAAAAAACUAGCUUUCACGAAGCAAUCCUUUUGCGGCACUACCAGCACCCGCACAGCACGCAGUUGUUUCCAUGAUCCCGUCCAUUUGAUUCUCGCCAGAGUAUCCUUUAAUCCCUCGCUCCUCGUUUCCUUCUGCCUCUCGAUGCUGCAAUACCCAUCUCGGGAAGAACCAGGUCUGCUCUUCGCUCAUGGCUCUUUUGUUACCUGUGCCCGGCGUCUGCCGUCUUCCUCCUCAGAAGCUCUGCUCUUUCCCUCCUCGCUCUGUCGCUCUACGUCCACCUCGAAAACGCUUCACUGUUUGCGCUUCCUCUGCCAAGAAACCCAGUAGAAAGGCAAGGAGCAAUGCUGAUCUUUGCAAUAAUCUUCGGGACUUUGUAUCUUCUGUUGGCUUUCCUGAGGGUCACGUCCCCACAAUGAAGGAGCUUUUGCAGCAUGGAAGGAAAGAUCUUGCGAACAUUGUUAGACGGAGAGGAUAUAAACUUGUCAGAGAGCUUCUUGCAACCCCUAAAGCGACAGAUGUCAAUGGGCCUGAUAAAAAGAAAAGCUUAACUGAAACACAUGAUGCAGUUAGUAAUCGUGAAGGUCAGGAUGAGAAGGUGAAUGAUUUGGCUGAAGAUGUUUCCCCAUCAAGCGAAGCUUUCACAAUGCCAAGCCAUAUUAAUAGUGCAAAUGCUGACUCAGAUCUCCACUUUGGUGAACAAGGUCCUGUACCCCUGAAAUCAUCUGCAAACUCAUCCUUUCAGGAAAAGGUGGCAAAGUUUAUUCAGAAUGGAGACUUGGACACAGUUGAAGAUAAUUGCUAUGGCGUUUUAAAUGGGAGUGAUGUUGAAGAUACGAAGGACUUAAUUGGAUCGGAGAAUGUGAUAGAAAUUGAAUCAAGUGCCCUUGGCGAAGAGCAAUCAAAACUUGUGCCCAGUGGAAGUAAUUUUACAACUUUGAAUGGGAGUACAUUACUGCCCAGAAGGGUUAUGCCCCCUGCAACAGGAAACUCCCUGACUGGGGAUGAUCAUUUGUCACCUGAAGGACCAGUAGAUGCUGAUUUUUUUGAUGAAAAUUUUGAUGUUGAGAUUAGAAAAAGGGAGAAUCAAGUCGAAAUUAUUAACCUCAAAUCCAUGCUGCAUCAGAAGGAAUUGGAGUUGUCUCGGUUGAAGGAAAAGAUUGAGAAUGAAAAGCGAGCUUUGUCCAUUUUGCAAAUGAAGUCAGAAACAGAGAUCAGCAAGGCUCAUAAAUUAAUCUCAGAAAAAGAUGCAGAAUUGCAUGCUGCCGAAGAAAGCCUUUCGGAAUUAGAGGAGGUUGAGAUCCAGUACUCGGGGGAUGGUGAAGUUGUGGAGGUGGCAGGUAGCUUCAAUGGUUGGCAUCAUCGAAUUAAAAUGGAUCUGCAGCCAUUGUCUGGCACUAUAGACACUGUUGGAUCAAGGAAAACCAAGCUUUGGUCAACAGUGCUGUGGCUUUAUCCUGGGACAUAUGAGAUAAAAUUCAUUGUUGAUGGCCAUUGGAAGAUUGAUCCUCGGAGAGAAUCAGUUUCCGGUGGUACCAUCCACAACAACAUUCUCCGAGUCAAGAGAUAAUGUCGGCACUGGUUGGAAAGACUUUCUUGCUUUUUGUUUAUUUCUGAGGUUAGGAUGUACAAAACCAAAGAUGCAUUGCUUUUCACUCCUGUCCAUUCAAGUGGAAACUUUAUAGCUCAUGACCUCGAUGAGAGACAAACGAGAGAUGUAUGCUCAAGCAGCUUAUGAGCUCCCAUUGCCAUUCUCUGUAUAUCAUGAACAAUAAUGGCCUUAGCCCAUUCUAUCCUUGCUAGGAAGGAAAAAAAGGGCCUCUCUUGGCGCAAUGUACAGCAUCUUUAUAGUCUCCUUCCUGCAUAUUAUUUCAUUUGUUUAUUUAUUUGGCUCUUCAAUCAACGUUUUCCUAUUUGAAAAAUAAA